UGAAAAUGUCAGAGCCUUCUCUAUUAUAUAUACUCAUAACCUCAAACCUUAGAUUCCUCAUAAAUCUUCUCAUUCCUUAAACCCUACUAAAACCCACCAACCCUAAACUCUCCAAAUUCACAAAAAUGGAGGUCGAAGGCAAAGGAGGAGAAACCGGAACUACCACAACUCGGAAAUUUGCACUUCCCGUAGAUACGGAGAAUAAAUCGAUAACUUUCCGGCUAUUCUCCAUAGCUAAACCUCACAUGAGAGCUUUCCAUCUCUCAUGGUUUCAAUUCUUUUGCUGUUUUGUCUCCACUUUUGCAGCUCCUCCCCUCCUUCCAGUCAUCCGAGAAAAUCUCAAUCUCACCGCCACUGACAUCGGAAACGCUGGAAUCGCUUCUGUCUCCGGCUCCGUCUUCGCUCGUCUCGUCAUGGGCACUGCCUGCGACCUUUUCGGCCCACGUUUAGCCUCGGCCGCGUUAACCCUCUCCACCGCUCCCGCCGUCUAUUUCACCUCCGGGAUCAAGUCGCCGAUAGGGUUCAUCCUCGUACGAUUCUUCGCCGGGUUCUCGCUCGCCACUUUCGUAUCGACGCAGUUCUGGAUGAGCUCUAUGUUCUCCGGACCUGUCGUGGGAUCGGCCAACGGAAUCGCCGCCGGUUGGGGAAACCUCGGAGGAGGCGCGACGCAGCUGAUCAUGCCGCUCGUGUUCUCGCUGAUCCGGCAAAUGGGAGCCACCAAAUUCACGGCGUGGAGGAUCGCUUUCUUCAUCCCUGGCCUCUUUCAGACUUUCUCUGCUUUCGCUGUCCUCUUGUUCGGCCAGGAUCUUCCUGAUGGAGAUUAUUGGGCAAUGCACAAAUCCGGAGAGAAGGAGAAAGAUGAGGUGGGGAAAGUGAUCACUCAUGGCAUCACCAACUAUAGGGGAUGGAUAACAGCAUUAGCAUAUGGCUACUGUUUUGGUGUAGAGCUCACUAUAGACAACAUCAUCGCAGAAUAUUUCUUCGACAGAUUUCACUUGAAUCUCAACACAGCCGGGAUUAUAGCGGCGAGUUUUGGUCUGGCCAACUUUUUCGCUAGACCCGGAGGAGGAAUCCUCUCCGAUCUAAUGGCCAGACGGUUUGGGAUGAGAGGAAGGUUGUGGUCUUGGUGGAUCAUACAAACACUAGGAGGUGUGUUGUGCGCAGUUCUUGGCCAAAUCUCUUCCUUGACAUUGUCUAUAGUUGUUAUGCUCAUCUUCUCUGUAUUCGUCCAAGCCUCUUGUGGGCUUACCUUUGGCGUUGUUCCCUUUAUCUCUAGAAGAUCUCUUGGGGUGAUUUCGGGAAUGACUGGUGCUGGAGGCAAUGUAGGUGCGGUCUUAACACAAUUGAUAUUCUUCAAAGGGUCAACGUACUCGAGAGAGACUGGUAUAACUCUAAUGGGGAUAAUGUCAAUCGCGUGUUCCUUACCAAUAUGCUUCAUAUACUUUCCGCAAUGGGGAGAAAAUAGCAAGAGCGAAAGAGGCCGAGCCACAACUCACCCCCAAACUUGAUGAGUUCAUGGCUUUAUGUUGUUGUUGUUGUGUGUAUUGACUAUUGAUUAUGCUUUUUGUCUUCUUCUUUUUUGCUUUUUACUUAAAGAGUUUUCAGGAACUCUAUUUCUUUAUUUUCCUUAUAAUAGUGUGAUAAGUUGUUAAGUUCAUUUGUAUGUAAUGUAAAGCCUACCGGUUACUGCUUUCUCUGUAUGAGGUACAAUUGUAAAAGUUUGUUCAUCAUGAAAACGAACCAACGUUUUUUCAUUUGAUAUCCAU